CUUGCCCUGCCACUCGACACCCACUGGUUAUUCCAAUGUGAGCGAGCUUGCUGCGGCCUGUGUUGCUGCUCAGUUUGGCCACAACGACUUGUGCAUCUAUUUUGGUAUCUUCUGAGCUCGCUACCAGGACCCUGGCCACACCAAUGCAUUUGAACAUGGAUCCGAGGGCUUGACUCACCUUGUCUAGAUUGGUUGCCGGUUACACUCAGCAUGAAAGACCCAUCAGCAAGGAAGUUUACAUAUCCCACCACUUACCUAAUGUCAACCUGAGCUGGAAGAAAGCCAAAGGAUCUGUGGGGCUGCAGCAGCUGUAGAGGAGGCAAGACAGGUGAUGCACGAGACAGAAAGAAAGUUGUUGACAUCAUGAACUGUGUGGAAAAGCGACACAUGAGCCAUCGGGUGGGGAGCAUGCUCCACCAUCGCUUCCCCAACGGCUUCGCUGACUUGUUAAUGGACGAAACUGAUCGCGAGGUCAGCACUCUCACAGAUCGAGCCUUCCGAAGUCUCUGCGUUGGAGAUGACGCAGUUUACAAUGAUGAGUUCUUGUAUGGAUACUCACCUUUCAGCUGCCACAAACCUUUGGUGGGGGAGCCUCUUAAAAAGACUCAUCAUAAGGAAUCUAAAAAGCAAGGGCAAAACAAAAAUGACAAAAAUUAUGCCCAGCCGUGGAAACAGCAGCAACAGAAGAACAUAUCCCAGAUGUCAUCUUUCCUCAAGGCAUUAAGUGCCACAGAGGAAAGCUGCGAGGGCAUGUUAAUCACAAAUGGAUGUAUGACAGACUCUAAGGGGGAAUCAUGGGAUAAGUCCGCACUACGCAGCAUCCAAAGAGAGCUAUCGGAAUUCUCCUCGGAUUAUAACACCAAUCUCACAGAUGGACAUUACAACAACCAUCAUCGACAUAAGUCCAGUGAUGGUUCAUCAAACAAAACACGCAAAGAUGUUGCCCUUCCCUCAGGGAAGUCCUCAAAGAUUAAAAAUGGGAAAUCCACUGUCAAACUAAGGAAACUAAACAUCAAAAACUUUUUCCUCCACAGUGAGUUUAGCCCUUUCCAAACAUGGAGAGAUUUUAACCAGUUCCCUUUUGGCCAAGAGGACACAGUUCUUACCACAGAUAAUAUCCCUAAAUGGUAUGACAUGUCUUUUUACAAGGAGCUGACAGAGGCACACAAAAAAGAGACUCUGCAUAUAGAGGAGCUGCAGUUGUGCCAGAAAGCUGCAGUGGAGCCCCCUCCUCCCACUGCUCCUAAAACUAUCCCUCCCCCUCCUCCGCCGAAGGUCCUGCCAAAGCCCUCAGUUACUCCUGCUGAGAAGAGGUGCUCAUCAGAUGGAGGGGACGGGAGGGCUGCCCCCUGGCGGCGCAACAGGUCCAGGGCAAAAAGUGUGAUUCCAGUCAAUCAGCCUGGGAUUCGUCCUCGGGUUACAAGUUCAAAGGCAGUGGAUGAAAGUCUUUUGUUGGGCAAAAAAGAAGCCAGAUCUGUGGAGGUGAAAGCAGUUGAGGAAAUCAGCUCUUUGGCGUCUACUCCAUUCAGCAUCUGCCACCUGAUGACUCCCCUCAUUCCCUCUAGACAGCCGACAGAAACAUCCGAAAUUCUCCAGGCCGUCCUCUCGCCCUCUGCCCUUGACCUUUCACUAAGGCCACACUCUGAAGCCAAACUGACCCCUGAACCUCCAGUCAAGCGGGACAGCUACAAAUCACUUGCCUCUAGCAUCCUCUUCAACCUCAAAGACAACAGGAAAAGGGUGAAAAGCCGUUACAGUCCACCUAAAUUCAAAACUUCAGAAGCUCCUGAGGGUGGCACCCUUUCUCCACAAUCAGAUUAUCUGAAAUAUCCACAAGCUGGCUCUGAGGGCAAUGAGUCUGGCUUCAACACUCCUGCCAUUUUAAAAGAUGGACAGACAGUUUGCAGUCCUGUUUUGGAAUCUAACAGCACCCCAACAGUUGGUCUUACUAAGCAUGAUACUGACAGACCUCUUUCAGAUGAUUAUUUGUUAUCAAAUCUACUGCAAACCAAAAGGGAGGCUACAGGUAACAGUGGUCUUGGUGAGGAGGUCUCCCCUUUGUACACUUAA